AUGUUCACAUUCAUCAACCCUUUCGCAAACUCGUCGAUAUUCCUAUCCGAACUCCCUCCACGACCCAUUGCCUCUCGAGCGACCUCUCUCCAUCUACCCGCAUUCGACCUAAUCACCCUCCCUUCAUCCCCUUCCAUCACACGUCUCACACAACUCACGAUCUCUCCUUUUUUCACAAUUCCGAACUCGUCCUUCCUAGCCCUCAUCCCCAACGCCCACACAUCCGUCACGAGCUUCGCGUUCGUGCUCUGGUCUGUCCACUGCGGCAUCGCCACCAUCGGAACCCCCGAGCACAGCCCCUCCAGAGUCGAGUUCCAUCCGCAGUGCGUCACAAAACACCCAGUGGCCGGGUGCGCCAGCACUUCCACUUGUGGGGCCCACGGCACCACGAGCCCUUUACCUGACACGUCGUCGUGCGUGAAGUUUGGCGGGAGCAUUGGCUGUUCUGAUGAGCGGACGACCCAGAGGAAGUGUUUGCCGCAUGCGGCCAGGGCCCACGCGAGCUCCUCGGUUUGUUGGGGAGUUAGCUCUGCCAGGCUUCCGAACGAGACGUAG